AUUGAGGUGGGGAAAUGACAGAAAUGCCCAAAGAAAAGUGCGAAAAAGAGAAGAGCAUGAGACCUGCAGGGCGCAGGCAGCAUUUGGCUUAAAAAUAUGGCGUCUCGGUUGCAUGUUCUCUUUAUAUAACGACACCUCUCUCUUCUCCCUCUUUUCUUUAUUAUUCUUAUUAUUAUAUUUUCACUUUCAUACUUCACUCACAAACCUCCCUUUUCAAUCUCUUCUUCCCUUCACUAAACCCUCUACCCUCGUUUCUUUUUUCCUUUCCUCUGCUUCUAACUUCACGCCCCUCCAACCAUGGGAGAGGAGGAGAAGAAGCCCGACGAGAAGACAGUAUCUGCUGAAGAAAUGGCUGUUCAAAAACCCCCGCCUGAGGAUGUUAAUGUCAAGGAGAAGAAAGAUGAAAGUAAGCCUUCCGAGAAAGAGGAGACCAAAACAGAGGAAUCUAAGGAUGGGAAGGAACCCACCAAGGAGCAAGCUCCACCCCCGCCCCCGCCGGAGAUUGUGCUUAAGGUUUACAUGCAUUGUGAAGGAUGUGCUCGGAAAGUUCGCCGUUGUCUCAGAGGCUUUGAAGGGGUUGAAGAUGUAAUCACUGAUUGCAAGACCCAUAAAGUGGUUGUGAAAGGGGAAAAGGCGGAUCCAUUGAAGGUUUUGGAUAGAGUUCAGAGGAAGAGUCACAGACAGGUGGAGCUUCUAUCUCCGAUCCCAAAACCGCCGGAGCCCGAGGAACCGAAACCGGAGGAGAAAGAGAAGCCCAAACCUGAAGAAAAGAAAGAAGAGCCUCAGGUCGUGACUGUAGUAUUAGGAGUCCAUAUGCAUUGCGAGGCUUGUGCCCAAGAAAUCAAAAAGCGCAUAUUGAGAAUGAAAGGGGUGGAUGCAGUAGAGGCAGAUCUGAAAGCGUCUCAAGUUUCAGUGACGGGCGUUUUCGACCCACCAAAGCUUGUGGAUUAUGUGUACAAAAGAACUGGAAAACACGCCGUGAUAGUGAAGACAGACCCAGAAAAGAAACAGAAAGAAGCAGAAGCUAAAGAAACGAAAGAAGAAAAAGCAAAUGAAGAAAGUGGGAAAGAGAAGAAAGCCGACGACGGAGGCGAGAACAAGGAGAGCAACAAAGAAGCAGAGGGUGGUGGCGGAGAAACUAAAUCCGCCGUAGAAGUGACGCCGGAAGAAACAAUCGUGGUGGAAUUGAAAAAGAAUGAAUAUUAUCAACAUUACCCACAAAGGUACGCCAUGGAAAUGUACGCGUAUCCACCUCAGAUUUUCAGUGAUGAAAACCCCAAUGCAUGUUCUGUUAUGUGAAUGCAAAAGAUGAAGAACAUUCAUUUUAAGGGUUUAAACAAAAAAAUUAGAAUGGAGAGAAAGAUGAAGAUAGUGGUAAUGAUAAUGAAAAUGAAAUAUGCUCUCUAGAUAAAAUUAUGGUUUCUACAGAAAAGGCUGUAGAAUUUUGUUGGGGAUUGUAAUUUUUCUUUUCUUUUUCCUUAGCUGUUUU